GGGCGGCUCCAGAGUCCCGAGGCAGCGGCGCCGCCGGAGAAGGCGCAUCUCUUGCCGCUCGCGCCGCUGGGACACCACGGACACCAUGGGCCGCUGCACGGGCCGCUGCUCGCUCAUCUGCCUCUGCGCGCUGCAGCUGCUCUCAGCAUUCGAGAGGCAGAUCUUUGACUUCCUUGGCUUCCAGUGGGCUCCUAUUCUUGGAAAUUUCCUACAUAUCAUAGUAGUCAUUUUGGGUUUAUUUGGAACCAUUCAGUACAGACCUCGAUACAUCAUGGUGUAUACGGUGUGGACUGCCCUCUGGGUCACCUGGAAUGUCUUCAUUAUCUGCUUCUAUUUGGAAGUAGGGGGCCUCUCUAAGGAUACAGACCUGAUGACCUUCAACAUCUCUGUGCACCGAUCAUGGUGGAGGGAACACGGGCCUGGUUGUGUCCGGAGAGUGCUGCCUCCAUCAGCACAUGGCAUGAUGGAUGACUACACAUAUGUCUCUGUCACAGGCUGCUCCCUCAGCUUCCAAUACAUGGAGGUCAUCCACAGUGCUGUCCAAAUACUGCUCUCUUUGGUUGGGUUUGUGUUUGCCUGUUAUGUGAUCAGUAUUUCCAUGGAAGAAGAAGAUACCUUUGAUUUCAUAGGCGGACUUGAUACACAUUCCUACUACCAGGAUCAUAUUGAGUUAAAGCCUGUUAAACCUGUCGAAAUAAGUAAUGCCAUUGAUUUUGAAAUGCGGCUGCUGGAUUUGACUUAG